CCUUGGAUUUUCUUUUUUCUUUUUUUCACGGGAUAAUGACGGGAAACCAUAUGAAAGGCUGGACGCGCGGGCCUCUCUGCCUCCUGAUUGGCCCGCUGGCGUUUCAAACCCGAGCGCGAUUGGUCAAUCAGAACGUCACUCACCGAGCGCCCUGGACCCUCGAGUUCGAAACUUUUCGAAAAGCUGGAGUCGGGUUACAAACUCUGGUAACCGAACGCGAAAAGAGAGGAGAGGAAAACGCGUGAAUUAUUCACAUCAGCUGCGCAGACGCAACACAUACCUGUCGGACACACUUUACUCUUUUCAUAUGAUAUUUUCACGCCUUAUGCAUGCGGCUCUAGGUAGUUUUUUUGGCUGUCAGGGCAGUCUAGAUGGAGGUUUGAAGAAAGAAAGUUAUUCUUUAGACGCCCAGUAUCCGGUUCAAGUAGAGGAGAGGUGAACAUCAUGGACUCGUUCAGCACGAAGAGCCUUGCCCUGCAGGCCCAGAAGAAGCUCAUGAGCAAGAUGGCAACCAAGACAAUGGCCAACCUCUUCAUAGACGACACCAGCAGCGAAGUACUGGACGAGCUGUAUCGGGUUACCAAAGAGUACACACGCAACCGCAAGGAGGCCCAGAAGAUCAUCAAGAACCUCAUUAAGAUGGUGGUCAAGUUGGGCGUCCUCUACCGCAACGGGCAGUUCAACAACGAGGAGCUUGCGCUGGUUGAGCGUUUCCGGAAGAAGGUACACACGCUGGCGAUGACAGCCGUCAGCUUCUACCAAAUUGACUUCACCUUUGACCGCCGCGUCAUGAGCAACCUGCUCAACGAUUGCCGCGAACUGUUGCACCAGACCAUCAACCAGCACCUGACGGCGAAGUCUCAUUCCCGUAUCAACCACGUCUUCAAUCAUUUCUCUGAUUGCGAGUUCCUUGCGACGUUGUACGGACCUUCGGAAGUGUACCACGGCCACUUGCAGAAGAUCUGUGAAGGAGUUAACAAGAUGCUGGAUGAUGGCAAUCUUUGACCACUACCUGUUGUCUUUGUUUGAUGGAAAUGCUAAAUUUAUUUGAACAUCAAAUGUGUGUGUUUUAAAUGGAGCUUAAGCUCAGAUUAUCUUGUGCCUUAUUUGUGCAUUGGACACUCAAUCAUCUGUCUUGAAUGUACAUUUGUCCUUCCAAUGGAACAUCUUUUUUCUUGACUCCUGUAUUUUUAGAAACGGGGAUUAGAGGUGGUUUAUAACGCAAACUUAACGUGAUCCAAUGCAAAUCUUUCUCCCAUUCGUCCAAUGGUAAUUUUUAGACUGCAGUUUGUUUAAAAUCCACCAUCGGAGGAAAUGAAGGACCAUUUGCAAACCAUUUGGAUCCAGAGGGGAUAUUUCAAGCACUGCAAAUAUGAAAUGCACUGUGGGAUAUGUAUGAAACGUUUCAUCUCUAAUUUUAGGAAAUGAGCCUGCAGCAUCACCCUCUCGCUUCCUGAAAAUAGACACGUUAAAUCCGCAACCCAAAAGGACUGUUUAUGGACAUGUCUCUUGUGAGUCAUUUACAGGUUGAUGUUAAACUAUUUGGAAACAAUCACCUCUGUGAUUUCUAAACUUGGUCAUAAAGCAGUUUACGUUCAUCUUAUGUUUGUUUUUCCACUCCAUAUCGCCCCCCUGCUGAUGGGAGGUCUUUACUGAGAUGCAGUUCCUUAUCAAGGAAUGAAGAAUGUGCUAGAAUGUCACUGUACGACCUUUUCGGCAUGUUUACUUACAGUUUUAAUCAAGGUUUCAUGGGUAUAAAUACACGAUUGAGCCGUUACUUCCCUGAUAUGUUACUUCUGAUUGAUUUUAACUUAUGUGAACAAAGAAGUCUCAUUGUCCCAUUUCUGCCAUCAGUUUGUUUUAGCUCCAGCGGUUUUGACAUAUUAUUUUGACUUGUACUGGGUGUAUACAAGUUCAGAUCUUUCGACAUCACCUCUGGGAUGUCAGUUACCACAAAACAUUGUACGAGUAGAAGUCUAUGAGGCAACUCUGUACUUGUCCCAUAUUCUUGCACUGUAUGUGCAAAUCUGCCCACAUGUUUUAUAUUUGUAUGUGGACUUGAUUUUAACCUAGAAUAUUCUUUCUUACAAAAUUACUUAUCGAAAGAAUCACAACAUUUUAAUGUGUCCUGUUUUAUAUUUAAUUUUCCUGUAUCUAUGCACUUAUUAUUAAUAUUAAUGUCGUCAAUAGUCAGUAGCAGAGGGUUGUUUGAAUUUGUCUUGUUGUCACUAGUUUUUUUUUUUUUUUAGCUAAAGCUCUUACGAAUAAAGUAUGAACAAUUUCAAGGGAAAACAAAUGAAACUUUUGAGUAACUUUGACAGCUGUGAAAGCCAUACCUCCCGAUUAUCCUAAAACCUCUCAGGGUUCAGUCUCGAAUGCCUCUUACUUACAUGUGGUGUUUUGGGCCAAUUCAAACAGAUAAAGGACCGGAUACCUUAUUUUGCUUUGUGCAGAUAUCAUCUGAACAUUAAAGCUCUUAUCUUUCACAUUGCAACAUGUUUUUAAACUAGAAUGUUAAAGGCAAUUUUUGUUAAUCACAAACAAGUCCUGUUAAUGUACGUUGUUUUCUUUGUUUUCUAAAAAUUAUGUAUAUGAUUACAGUAUUUGUGUGUGUGUCUAUA